UAUCCUCUAAAUGGGUCUUGUUUAAAAUAAAUAGCUAUUAAUCAAUAAAAAUGCUAAAAAAUUAAAUACAUCAUCUAGAAAAUAAAAAUUUAAUUGAAACAUUCGUGUCUCGGAAGGUUUUGUUUACAAGUUGUUCGCAAGUUGGCGUCGUCAAAAUGGCGGACGACGACACGAAGAAACCGAAGACGGUUUAUUUCCCCUCUAUUCCUCCAAAAGUUCCUGCUACUGCGCUCUCCUAUUCAAAGUCUGUACAAGAAGCACCUUACAGAGCUCUCGUUGGAGUUGUAGUUGAUGGAAAAGAGGUGGAAAGACAUCAUGAGAGUCCCAGAUACCGUGUGAGACGUCAAACCGGACUUACCAACCGAUGGCGUCUUCCAGAAUCUCUGUACAGCGACCUUUUAGGCAGUUCCCAGGCUCUGAAGGCUAUCAACAUGCCUUUCAAUCAAAGCUUGGUAGAGGUCAUCACACAUGAAGGCCCAAAGCAGUCCAUGCACAUUGAUAUGUCUGCUCCAUACUCUUUUCGCCAAAUUGAUGACAGGCCAGCCACGUUUCCUGCUUUUGCAACUCGAAGUCGGACAACACUGGAACCAGGUGCACUUGCCAAUCCUUUGACUGUGCGGAUUAAAUCCAUCCCUAAGUCUGUUGGGAGUGUGAGAAGCUUUGUACCCAAGUGUGCUCGUCCAGAGACUCCAAAAGAUAUUUUUUUGUAUCACUCAAAGAAGAGCAUGACAUUCCUGGGACCUGGAAAACAACAUAAAAAACAUGAUGUGUUGCUGAAAGCUUUGGGCAUGGACUGGGAACUUCACAGACCGUUCCUACAGAAAUCUGAGUCAUUGACCCAGUUGCUGAAGGCGUCGGAGGACCCAAAGAUGCAGAAGUACUACAGAAGCCCUGUGUCCGAGACGCUGGAUAACUACAUAGUCAAGAGCAACUUUUACAGUAACGAGUACCAGAACACCAACCACAAACUGCUAGUGGUGGAGGCCAGUGAGGCAGAGGAGACCCAGUCCAAGGGCCUGGACCACCCAGCCCACAUUUCGGAGAAGAGAGUCGGGAGUCUGUCUGUGAUACAUCUACACUUUGACGACCCACUCGUCUCUCAGAGAGCCAUGGCCAUAGCCCUGGGCAACUUGUACCACGAUGACCUGGACGUUGACCUCAGUGAUGUGGCCGGAGUCCUGGCGGCUGCCGCUGCCCUCGGGUUCAAGCAACUUAUGGAAGGAUGCGGAACAAUUAUGCUCAAGUCCAUCAACUACAGAACAGUCUGUACUUAUCAUCUUGCAGCAUCAAAGUAUCACCAGGAGCAUGUUGUUUUAGCUUGUGAGCGAUGGUUGGAACUCAAUCUAAUUCCAGAGCUUUCAAUGCAUAUUCAACUGAGGGAGAUGAGCAGUGAACUUUUACAGAAAAUUCUCAAGUCAAGCCGCCUGUUCACCUACAACGAGUACAGCGUGUACCGCAACCUGUCCUACUGGCUCUUCCUGCAGCUCAACCCACAGAUGCAGCUCAUGCCCUCACACAGCACCGUCCUGGCCUAUUUUAACAGCUUGCCAAAGACUUGCUCCUUCUUAGAGACAGAUGAUGGCCAGAUGUAUGCCCCACUGUUCUCCACUGUUAGGCUCCAUGGCAUUAUAGACACAACCAACAUUCAGGACAUGCAAAUAAUGAACAUCUUACCACAGAGCUGGAUGGUUCGUCUUCUUUCUCAGCAUUAUCAAGCUCUUCAAGAAGGAGGAGACAUGACGUCACUGAAACAGUUCAAUGUCAAUGCUAUCAGACAAGGAUUCAUUGUGGAUGAUGAACCCCAUUAUCACUCAGAGAUCCUGUCCCUUCACGGCUUCCAUUUUGAACUCAAGGCAAUCCGACAAAGCUCAGAAAAUCACACUUAUCAGUUUUAUAUGCAGAGGUUAAAGCCUGGCGAUCCCAUCCUGAGUUUCCGUCAGUGUGAGCGCCAGACUUUCUCCAUGCGCUCGGACCGCGAGGUCCAGUACAGCAUCACAGUGCAGUAUUUACACAAGGGAGAGCAUCACAUGGAGUCCACUGGAGUGCUCACCCACAAGUUUGGUCUGGGAGAGAAGACAAGCAAGAGUCAGGUCAUCUCUCUGGACAACCUGAAGAAACCGAUAUAUGUUUCCUAUGCACUACUGUUCCCUGCCUCCUAAGUAAGAAAUAGUCAUUCUGAUGAACUAGGGCUUGCUGUAGGAAAUUAUUUUUAAUUAAGGAGUGUUUCAGAUCAUCAAAAUCAUUACUUUGUGCCUUUUGUUCACAAUCCAAUGAAUAUUUAUUUAGACCAUUCGGACCACUAUGAUAUUUUCCCCUUUGAAAUUUGGAAAGAGUAGUUUUUGUUCACUGCACCAGUAUCUCUCCAUUCUUUGUUCUUUUCCUGCUGCCUUGUCUGUUAAUCCUUAACUGCUACCAGCUUUUCAGAAUGUUCAUGUAGUUUAUCCACGUUUUUCAUUUAUGAAUA